GUACAAUUUUAUAGUCGUAUGUAAAAAUAGUUACCUAAUUUGUAUAGGCGUGCAUACUGGUAGGGCUGAUUGGGCUUUAGCCCCACCUAAGCCUUUUUUUAACAAGUGGGUAAGUACUUGGUACCUAAAAAAGUAAUAAGGCGUUAUAGCCGUAGAAAAUUGAUAACAAAAUAAAUUAAAAUCAUAGAUAUUUACAAAAUUAAAGAUAUACUGGUUUAAUUUUUUUUUCGUGAGAACAUAAUGGGUGGAGGGUGGGUGGUCAGAUUGAAUUUAGCUAUACCUGACUCAGAAGUCUGCGCAUGCCUAUGCAGUAUACUACUUACUCAUCAUACCCAAUACCUACUACCAUACACGAAUUCUCAACCACAAUCCACAACUUUAUUAAUAAACCAAAACUAGGUAUUAAACAAUAGUAAUAUACAGUUUUUACGCUAUUGUACAAAUAUUUAAUAAGAGCAUUGGAUUUUAACAAUGGCGAAUAUGUUUAUAUACAUGUAAGUGUAUACCUAUACAUAAAUAUAUUUUUUAAAACUAAUAUCCUUUAAUUAUUGCACCAACACAAUAAUAAUAAGUAAUAUAAAUAUUAGGUAUAUCAGGUAUAAUGUCAUGAAUAUUAAGAUAUGUGGCCCACCCUACAGUAGUGUAGUGUGUACAUAUUAUACUAAAUAAAUACAUAAUAGCCAAUGGCGUACUACGCCGUACAGCAUGUUCAUGUGUGGUCCAAAGUCAAUGUUACCAUUUGACUUGCAUAAAGCUAAAACUCACGCGAUAUAUUUGGGCUAUUGUUCGUGUUUACAUAGAUAAUGAGUAAUGACCGUGGUUAAUUCCCACAGCACCAUUUAUAUUAUCCGUCUAUAUUAAAAUACAGAAUAAACAGAAUAAUACAAAUUAUAAUAUCAUGUCGACGACUAUAAAACACGACCAGUUUUAAUAUUCACAAAAAUUAAACAGACAACAGCACUCAUUUAUAGUACUGCGGUGACAGUGAAACGCUAAGUUACAGAUGCCUUGGCCGAUCGGUAAUCGCAAUAACAACAAUGCUCGUACGAUCAUAUCCGUGUUGCCACGCUCGCCUCAAUCGGAAAAUUGCUUCAAAAUUAUGCCGUCGUCGGGGGACGCGGAAUCCGAACGACCCGUUCACAGGGUGAACGGACGCGUAGCAUCCCGAAAGCCCGACCGCAGUGUCGUCAGAUCGAGGCCCGUGUGUCCGUUUAGGUUUCGACUAGCAUGGUGGUCCACACCCGAACCUCCCAAACAUUUCAAGGAAUUGUGCGACAACUGUAAAGUCGAUCGCGGACACAAAAAUGGCAGCCGGUAUCAGUACACAGCGUUGGAACCCGAUUCCAUGGGGCAGGAACGAAUGGAACUGGAACGCAAAGCCCGACAACACGCUCAAAAUGCAUGCAAGCAUUACUUAAGGUUUUGUCCACGAUAUGCUCUUUUACAACACCUCAACGACAUUGGGUCAAGGGUGGAUAAACAUUGGUUUGUAGUACGCGAUGGAUCAGUCAAAACAGAACGUCUAUUGACACUCGUGCCCAAGAAUCCCAAAAGUGUUCUCGAGUGCACAUCAGAUACCAGACGUACUAUACUAGAUCUUUUUUUAACAUUACAACAUCCUUACAUAUAUCCUGUAUUGGACGUUGAGUUUGUUGAAGGUGCAACAGACCCAGAAACAACAUUUAUAACAUUAGUAUUACCUUUUAACAGUAAGGGAAGUCUUAAAGAUCUUAUCUAUAAGAGUUGUUGGCAUGAUGAUUGGAGUGAUAAGUAUGGACAGCGCAGUGAAGGUUUGCCAUUGUCACAGAUACAAAGACUUGGUCGUCAGAUUCUUGAAGCACUUUUAUUUCUUAAGGAAAGAAAGUUUCCACAUGAUUGUAAUUUACAUUCUGGCAAUGUAAUUCUUCAGAAUGGUGUAGCCAGGAUCACAGGUCUAGAAAAUUCUCUACUUGGUUUUACAUCGAGAAUUCAGCCCAUUGUUAUGAGUGGUAAUUUCAUAUUGGAUGAUUUCUCAGCAAUUGAUGUCAUUUGUUUUGGCCAUGUUCUAUUUGAAAUGGCAGCUGGUUAUGAAUUGCUCACUCCAGAACCCAGUGAAAUUAAUUUACAAGAUAUUGCUCACUACCCUCAAGUUGUUGAAAUAAUGGACUAUGUGUUUAAAAAUCCUAUGGGUCAAGUUCCUACAAUUGAACAGUUAGUAAUGACUGAAUUCUUCAGAAAUAUUGAUCUCAGAGAAAUGCGUGCAACAUCUUGGCCUCUAUUACAAGCCAAAAUGACAGCUUCUUCAUCACAGUUAUUGGAAACUGUUAGAAAUAGAAACAGUAGCAAGAGUGGCUCGUCUUCAAAUAAUCAUGAUGUAACAGAGCCAAGUACUAAGGAAAAUCUACAAAUCAGAAAACUGUCAAUGAGAAGUAAAAGUUGUGACGAUGAGAAAUAUUCCCAUGCAACAGAAAGAAAAUCAAAUUUUGUCGGCGACAAAGAGUGCUUGGAACAUCGUGGCUUAUCACUGUAUCACCGACAGCAGUCACUAGAUUUUCAGUUUUUGGGAUAAAAAUAGCCCUCUAGUUUGUCUAAUAAUUUU